UGGGUCAUCAGAGAUGUUCAGGGAAGUGCAAAAGGGCUGCACCAGUACAAAAUGAACCUGAAGUCCAUGUCUGCGUCUCUGGAGAUCCUGGCCGAGCACGGAGAGGUCUACUGGCACAUUCAAGAGCCAGUGCUGUGGUCGGCGUUAAAUAACUUUAGGAAGGCGAUAACCAACGAACAGAUAGAUCUGUUUAACGACGCUGCAGUCGAGGUUUACAGAUUAGGAAGCUCCAGGAUCAAGUCGUUUGGAGCAUCCCGUCAGGCGGCUCUGCAGAACAUCAGUGAAAUUGCCGAUGGUCUCCACAUGACUCCCCGAGUCCGGGACGUGGGGGCCAUGGCCUUAAUGAACAGUGUGUGUAACAAAGUGAUCCGGCCCAUUGACGGUUCCUGCUGCCAGAACUCGCCCCCGCUCACUUUUCUCCAGAAGAUGGCGCUGUGUUUGUUUGUGGCCUCCACUCUACUUUUCUUGCUGUUCCACUUUCUGAGGAAACGGCCCCAUCGGCGGCCCCCGGCCCCCGACCCGGAGAGUUUAGAGGAGAAGAAGCCGGCUACGGCCCCCGGGGGCCCGGGGGCGGCGUGCGGGGCCCUGUGCAGAAUGGGGCUCAUCAUGGUUUACUUCUACCUGUGUGACAGAGCAGACGUGUUUAUGAAGGAACAGAAAUGUUACAGUCACUCGGCCUUCUUCAUCCCUCUGAUCAGUGUGUUUGUGCUGGGAGUGUUCUGCAGCGAGAGCACCAAAGAGAGUCGUGUGCUGAACAGGGAGCAGACAGAUGAGUGGAAGGGCUGGAUGCAGUUGGUCAUUCUCAUCUAUCAUAUUUCAGGAGCCAGUGCUUUCAUUCCGGUCUACAUGCACGUGCGCGUGCUGGUGGCGGCCUAUCUCUUCCAGACGGGCUACGGACACUUCUCCUUCUUCUGGCUCAAAGGGGACUUCGGCCUGUACAGAGUGUGCCAGGUUCUGUUCCGCCUCAACUUCCUGGUGCUGGUGUUGUGCGCGGUGAUGGACAGGCCGUACCAGUUCUAUUACUUCGUUCCUCUGGUGUCGUUCUGGUUCGUGAUCAUCUACGGCGCGCUGGCCGCGUGGCCUCAGAUCGUGCAGAAGAAAGCCAGCAACAGCGCCCUGUGGUACUUGGGAAUCCUGCUCAAGUUAGUGGGCCUCCUGCUGCUCAUUUGCCUCUUUGCCUAUUCACAGGGCGUGUUCGAGAGCACCUUCACGGCGUGGCCGCUUUCCAGCCUCUUCCAACUGGACGGGGACAUUCGCGAGUGGUGGUUCCGCUGGAGACUGGACCGGUUUGCCGUGCUACAGGGGAUGGUGUUUGCCUUCCUCUAUCUGCUCCUUCAGAAGAAGCAGGUGCUGUCGGAGACCAGAGGAGAAGCUCUGUUCUCGGCUAAAGUCUCCCUGCCCCUGCUGCUCCUGUCUGGCCUCUCUUUCGUCACGUACUCAGUGUGGGCCAGUAACUGCCAAACCAAAGCCCAGUGCAACCAGAUGCACCCCUACAUCUCUGUGCUCCCGAUUCUGGCCUUCAUCCUCAUCAGGAACAUUCCCGGCUUCGCCCGCUCCGUCUACAGCUCCUUUUUUGCCUGGUUUGGGAAAAUCUCUUUGGAGCUGUUCAUCUGUCAGUACCACAUCUGGCUGGCAGCAGACACCAAGGGCAUCUUAGUGCUCAUCCCUGGAAACCCGUCCCUCAACAUCCUGGUCAGUAGCUUCAUCUUUGUGUGUGUGGCUCAUGAGAUCUCCCUCAUCACCAACCUCCUGGCCCAGCUGCUCAUUCCUAAAGACACUGUGGCUCUGCUGAAGAGGCUGGGGGCCGUGGGGCUCCUCUCUCUGCUGCUGGGGGCGCUGGUCUUCAUGCAGGACGAUAAACAAUUACCUUAAUUGUUUCUUUGUUUAAUUUGUUCAUUUGAAUUUAAUUUAUUAAAGUAUAAAAAGACAUGAAGAUACAAGUCAUGUGUGUCGUGUACCUGCUGGAGGACUGCACAUGGAAAGGAGCUUGAGGAUAAAUCUGGGACAC